GGUAUGCACGGCAAAGCGCCUGCGAAUAUUGUCGAUGAGGCGAUUGAUGAAGUAUUGAUUGCUAGGGAAGAGUGCGAAUCGGCAAGAUUCAUCAAUACGAUCUCUAUCAUUUCGAUUUCGAAAAGAAUUGCGACAAACGAUGACAAUUCGCGCGCAGAAUUUUUCGAAAUCCACGUGGAACCGUUCUAUGUCACUUAUCCACAAUCCGUCGAUGCUUGCCGCAUAUCGUCACAAGCCCGUUACCAUUCUGGAUGCUUUGUGGCCUCUUCAUUUGAAAAAAGGCAUAAUAAUAAGUGGCCCGUUCUUCAUGAGAUAAUGUCUGAUGGCAAGUUCACUUACACUCGCCAAACUAAUGAGUGGGAGUUUUCCUGGGUCUACGAGACGCAAAAACAGCUCCGCAAAACCCAAGCGGAUAGCUCUGUUCGUAAAAAUCGGCGAGUACGAUAUUGGACGAAUUGUUCGCCUGUGCAAGUAUAUGGACGAUCUCUUUCUACAAAAGAUAAACUAGCUGCCUCUACCUCGAAGCGCAAGAAGCGAAAGGCCUGGCGACUCGAAAAAGUGGUCUCAUAUUUGCGACGUAAAAUUUUACGUCUACAGAGUGAGAUUCACCGAAAGGCGAUCGCAUUCUUUGUUCAUGAAUUUGAUAAUCUCAUUGUUCGAGGUAUCUGA